AUGAAUCCGUUAACGACGACGAAUUGCGGAAGGGCUGCUUUAGUGAGACGGAACAACAAGAACAACAACUCAAUUUCCUCCUCCUCUGUGACGAAUACGAAAAAGAAGAAUCAUCGAAGCUUUUUUUACCGCGCAUCAUCGAGUGAUGUCAUUCAAAAUCGAGUCAUCGCGCCCCCGAGGAAGAGAAUUCAGAAAGACUCCGACAGUCAAGUGUUUUGCCCCUCGAAAGUCUCGCGAAUUCAAAAGAAGAAAAAAAGACGAAGGAAAGACGGACCUGGCGGACCAGAGGAUUCACCAUCGAUGAUGCACAUUGGGGAUUACGGGAUGCCAGAAGACGAGGACGAGGCGUUUGACGACGAUACCGGGGAUGGCGACGACGGGAACGACGAUAUUUCAAACAACGGAGGAGGUGGCGACGACGGGAACGACGACGACGAAGAAGAAGAGGACGACGACGAUGAGUUCGACGAGAAAUGGGAGAGCAUUAUCAAACGGUUGGAAGAUAACUAUCAAAACUUGGAGGCUGUAAAAACUGUGAGUGAUCCGUAUGCCGGGUUGAACGGCGUUUCGGGAGAGUUGAGCGUUCUUUGGUCGGCGGGGUGCGUCGUCACGUACGCGAGCGCCAUCGCGCACUCCCUCGAUACCAUGAUUUCGCCGUUUUUGAAAGGUGAGGGAGACGGCUUUGUGGAUAUCGCUUAA